UCUGCACGAUAAAUAUGGAAACUGUAGGUCAACCUUGUUGAGUUGCUGGAAUAGAUAAAGAUUAGAGCUAUGUUUGCAGCUGCACCCACUACUGGACUAUAGAUUGAACCUAAGCAUGUCGGAGACACGUUCCGGAAACUUUAGUUGGGCUACUUAAGGCACUGUUCGGAUCGACACAAGACACACACUGCGGUUGAAGUUCAAAAGAGAAACACCAUGAGAAUCCAAUUGCUUCUUGUAACGAUCUACCUUUGCCUCUUCUGGCCCGCUUUCGCUCAGAAUGCGUCCACGGAUUCGAAGAAGCCUUCAGAGGCAGAGGCCGUUAAAGUCCUGAAGAAGAGCAACGAGGAGCUGGGCAAACUGGUCAGAAUAGCGCUCGAUGUGAACGACAAGAGCAAAAGUUUCGAGGAAAAGAUAAAGGUUUUGAGGGACGAGGUCGAGCGCAUUGCCGAAUUGGACAAGGUACUCAUCAAACUUGAAGAAAAGGUGGUCGACAGCUUCCAGGAUACGUCCGCUGGGUUAAGAAAUCUAACAGCCAUUGUCACGGCAACCCAAAACCGUAACGAACAGGCCAUUCAAAACCUCACCAAAGUGGAGCUAGAAGUGCGACAUGCUCUGGGCCAGGUUGAUGUCAACCAGAACAAAUAUGAGCACAAUCUUAACGAAGUGGCCGCAUCCAUCACAACUCAUUUGGCCGAGAUCGAACAGAUAUUGAAGCAGGCCGUAAUCAAAGAGCUCAUUGGUUUGGAUGGUAAGGUCAAGGUUCUGCACCAGCAUCAGCGCAAUAUCGACGGUCAGUUGGGACAUCUGGAGCAGCUUAACGGUCUGGCUGGCCGGGCCAACCACAAGUUGACUCAGCUGGAAUGCGGCCUCACCUCGCUGAAUAGCACCCAGUCCAAGAGCCUCAACAGUAUUGAGAACACGGUUCGUGGAGUGCAAGUGGCAACCUUCCAGAUCGAUCAAAAGCUUGGCAUCCUGCUGAACAACCAAAAGAACAUCGACAAGACUCUAGAGCAGUGCAAGCACAGGCACCAGCCACACCAGCCCAAGCCCCACGAGAUCUGGACCCGUUCAGAAUACGCCCCCGAUCACAAAUUGCGGCCGGAGCAGAAGCCAGAAUACCAACAUAGCAGCUACGCUUCAGAGGAGGAGGCCGAGCAGUUGUACAAGCUCUGGUACGGCAAAGGUCAGCAGUAAAGGAAGACACGA